AUGUCCUUUUCUCUCACACCUUUCUGUGGGCUCCAAGAUCGCAAUGUCAUCCUUAUCCAGCGCCUGGAGCUGAGCAAUGGCCAUUUGCGAGAAUACGCUUGUGACCAGUCUAAAAACUGCUCCAAGUGCGGGUUUGAAUGCCCCAACCUCGAAUUGCGGAUGGCUAUUGAGAGACACCACACUAAGGGAGCAGCAUAUCUCCUCGUCGCCGUCCCCAGGGGCAAUGUCAAGGAGUCUUAUCUCGGCAUUGCCCACACCUAG